AUGUCGCCCUCGCCGUCUGCGAACUCCACACUGCUGGCGGGGAGCAAGAACCUCUCAGUUGCUGUGGAGGGUUCUAAGUUGUUUAUCUACAGCGAUCUCUCACAAGAUUUUGGUGUGAGCUCCUCUGGGAAGAGUCUUAUCAUUGCCAGUUCUAGUGGCAACAAGCCCCUUGGCGCCACAAAUGCUUUUUUGGGUCUCAAUUUGUACUGUAAAAGCGCAGAGAAGCGCAUGCUGACGAAGGAUGCAACCUCAGAAUUGCACGAGAUGACCGCAAUGGGAAACUACUGCGAGUGGCGCAUUGAAGGACAGACGCUCUGUAUAAUGAUCGACUUCAACAAUGUUGGUGACAAAGUGGCCACGACGGGCAAGUCUGUGUUGCUUGCUUCCUCUGGAGGAAACAAGGCGGUCGGGAAAACAGGAAUAAUGUGCGGGCUAAACUGUUAUGUGCCGCUUGGCAAGGAGUUCUGCAUUGAGAAGCUUUCAACGGUUGUUGAGCGUUCCACUGUUGCAGUAGGAGAUGCGGUGAAUGUGGGCGACGGUUUUGUCGUUGAGGUGGAAAGCAGGACGCAGGUCACCGUGCACUGUGAGAGUGAGAAACCAAAGGCGGGGGUGGUGAUCGCCAUGCCCCCCUUUACGCUUAACGGCGAGGUGACUCUCGCGAUGAUGGUGAAGUGGGUUGACAAAAAACGAAGAACCCAGGGGGGGUCGUCAGAGCACACGGAGGAGGGAUUUGUCGCCGUAUCUUCUAAGUGGAAAAACAUUUUGCUGCGACGCGGGGUAGUGAAGAAGGGGGAGGACGGUGGCGGUAAUAUCGAUCUCCAUCUUCGCUUCGAUCCCACGCAGAGCUUUGGUCGCUCCACCUCGGGUAAAUCCAUGACAGUGGCAACCUCUGCUGGCUGGAGUGAUGUUGGUGAUGGAAUAUUCAUUAGUUUUAAUGCGUACAGGCCGGCCCCGCAGUUGGCUCAUGCGGAGAUCAAGGAUGCAGUGCAGAAGGUACUUGGGCAGCGAAGCAAGGAGGAGCUAUCCUCUCUUUCUUUCAAGACAAUUAAGGGGGAGGUGGAGGCAGUGUUGGGGUUGAAGGAAAAUGACCUGGGAGACUUGCAAAAACAGGUGAAAGAGGCCGUGGCAGAGCACAUGGAAAGCUUGGUGUCGUCUGACCAGUUUAUGCUAAUCAAGACUGCCGUGGAUGAAGUGCUUGGUGGGCGCUCGCGGGAGGAGGUGGCGACGCUUUCUCUGAAGACGGUUGUGGCGGAGGUUUCCUCAGCGUUGGGAACGGCGCACGGGGAGCUGGAAGAUAUUAAGGAGCAUGUCAAGGCUGCCGUUAUCAUGUAUCUCCGGCGCAAUGUUAAAUAA